AGGCGCUGCCUUGCCUACCACCAGACUUCUUCAGAAAUAAAUGGAACUCAAGUGUUUUGUGGGAGCAAACUGCACUGACUGCAUGUGGGAUGCCUCCACAGUUGUUUUUAUUUUUGGAGUUAGAAAAACAACAUACAGCAAGUACUGCUCAAAGAACAGAAUGAAGUAGCAUUUGUGCACCGUAUUUGGCAGCCAAACAGGGAGAGGUAGAGGAUUUCAACAUGUUUCUUUUCCCCGUAGUUAAAUGUAUACAUUAUGUUAAAAAGGGAACACAACGCACAAGAUAGACUGCUGUAGAACUGCUGGAGAUAGGAAAAGAUUGGAGUUCUGAAGAGGAGCACACACCAUGGGAUCAUUGCAGUUCUGCAGAGCUAUGGAGAAGUGACAGCCCCUGGUGUUUGAUGCAUACCUGCAAAAAUUACAUUGAGCGUGCUUUGUAACAUCCUGUCUGUAGAUGGGACAGUGUGCAUGCAGCUCAGAGCACAGGAACAAGGACAAGGUUGGAGGCCAUGGCUGUGUUUUCAGUGACGACUCCAUGCUGCUGCAGGCCAUCCAGAGACUGGAGGAGACCUGGACCAAACUGCACGAGGACAAAGAGAGACAACACAAAGCAAACAACAAGGAAUCAGAUGCGAGCAUGAAACACUUGAGCCAGGAUCAUGAGAAGCCAAGUGACCUGUUGCCUGGCAACCAGAACAAGAAUGAUAGUAUUAAAUGUACUGGAAGCAUCUCACUUGCGAGACAGAAGUUUGUGGCAGUAAACGGGGGCCCGCCGCAGAUGCUCCCUGUGAAUAAAGAGACUGCCAUGAUGCUGAAGGACCUGGAUAUUAAAGCGCUGGAGGAGGAGUGUCAGGAGCUGAAGACGCGGCUGGGAGCAAUCAAGGAGGGGAUGGAGGAUCAGCGAUCGGGUGACGUGGAGGAGCUUCUCAGACAGUCGCAGAAGGAACUCCUGUGGCUACAGAGGCAGCUUUCGUUCAUCUCAGAGAGGAGUUCGCUGUACAUGUUCUCUCAGGACAAACAGCUGAGAAAUGAGCCUCUAUCCCCGGAUCUUCCAGCAGUGACAACAAGAAAUUUAGAGCAGAUCCAAUUGCUAGAAGACAAGAACAGCGCCUUUAGGGUAGAGGUAGCAACUCUAAAGCAGGACAAGCAGCACUGUAGACUGCUGGAAAAAGAAGUAAACAGAAAAAGGAAGGAGUGUGAAAACCUCAAAGAGGAGGUGAAGAAAAGGCAAAGAACAUGCCAGACUUUGGAGAAUGAGCUCAAAGAUGUUCUGCAGGAAAAAAACUGCUUGAACCUUGAGUUGGUUAGUCUUACCCAAAAGACACUGCAGUAUGACCAGGUAAAGUUAGAAUAUGAUCAGCUCAGAGAAACCCUCAACAUUGUGACUCAGAAAAGAGAUUUGGCUGUGAAGGAGAAGAUCCAUCUCCAAGCCAAACUGGAGAACCUAGAGCAGGUCCUAACGCAUAUGCGAGAAGCUGCUGAGCGGCGGCAACAGCUGGAGUUGGAGCAUGAGCAAGCCUUCGCUGUUCUCAAUGCAAAGCAGCAGGAGAUUAAUCUUCUGCAGAAGGCUCAGGUUGAAGCUAAGAAGGAGCAUGAGGGUGCAGUGCAACUGUUAGAGAACACCUUGGACAGCAUGCAGGCCAAAGUCCGAGAGUUGGAGCAGAAAUGCCGGACACAGAGUGAGCAGUUCAAUCUCCUCUCGAAGGAGCUCGAGAAAUUCCGACUGCAGGCUGGACACUUUGAUUUACUCAGUGCCAACUCCUUAGCAGUGUGCGACACCCCAGGAUCUCCCAGCAAAUCCCUUUCCCAGCUCCUCCAUGCACUGGCCAUCCCAAUCGGGAAAGGCAGUGAAAGUCCUUCUGCGAACAGAUCUCUAAUCUCAGAGUUUAUUCGACCAAUUCAGAUAUCUGGAGACAAACCUGAACUUCUGUCCGUCAAGCCGACAUUCCUCACCAGAUCCCACCCUAGUAGCCCCAGACGUGGAUUCUUGGCAGAGAUGGACAAUGAACCGGGUUCCACUUCUUCUAAAGUGAGGUACACAGGAAAAGUCCGUCUUUGCAUUGCCCGGUACAGUUAUAACCCCUACGAUGGACCCAACGAGAACCCUGAGGCUGAACUUCCCCUUAUUGCAGGGAAAUAUAUUUAUGUCUAUGGAAAUAUGGAUGAAGACGGCUUCUAUGAAGGUGAGCUGUUGGACGGACAGAGGGGGCUUGUCCCUUCCAACUUUGUGGACUUCAUCCAGGAUGAGGAGGUGCCUUCGGUCCAGACCGCAGACAAUGGCAAAGAUCAGGCUUACCUGAACCACACAGGCCUUGGACACGAGAGGGGCAGUGGCAUUCUCACGGACUCCAAAUUUGAUGGCAGCAUGUCGGGAGAGGCCCCCGCCACCACCACCACCACCACCACCACAACCACCUGCAAUAAUGGGGCAGGGACCCUGGAUGUCAGCAUCGACGAGAUUGGAGAAGAUAUUGUGCCUUACCCAAGAAAAAUCAACCUAAUCAAACAGCUAGCCAAGAGCGUGAUCGUGGGCUGGGAGCCGCCCGUAGUGCCUCCGGCAUGGGGCAUCAUCAGUGGUUACAACGUUUUAGUUGACAAAGAGGUUCGGAUGAGCAUACCUUUCGGCGGCAGAACAAAGUUUUUAAUAGAAAAGCUCAAUUUAUCCGCCUGUACGUAUAGGAUAUCAAUACAAAGCAUUACAGGAAGGGGCAUUUCAGAAGAGCUGCGCUGCACCAUGCUGGUGGGGAAGGACGUGGUGGUUGCCCCCUAUCAGCUCAGGGUGGAUAACAUCACACAGGUUUCCGCAGAGCUGUCUUGGUGGCCAAGCAACAGUAACUAUAGUCACACGAUUUUCCUCAAUGAUGUGGAGUAUGACAUGGUGAAGGCUGCCAGCUACAGGUACCAGUUCUUUAACCUGAAGCCCAACAUGGCUUACAAGGUGAAGGUGGUGGCACAGCCCCACCAGAUGCCAUGGCAGCUUCCACUGGAGCAAAGAGAGAAGAGGGAGAUCACUGUGGAGUUCUGUACGCAGCCAGCAGGCCCCCCUGCUCCUCCCCUGGACGUGAUGGUCCAGAGCGGACCGGCUCCAGGACUCAUCCAGGUCAGCUGGAAGCCGCCUCCCCUCACCCAGAUGGGAAUGUCCAAUGGGGCCAACGUCAUUGGCUAUGCUGUAUGCACAAGGGGACAGAAGGUUGCAGAAGUGAUGUUCCCCACAGCUGAUAGUGUGAUGGUGGAGUUGAUGCGGCUCCAGUGUUUAGGAGCCAAUGAAGUUAUCGUCAGGACAAUAUCAGCACAAGGAGAGUCUCAGGACUCCCCCCUCGCCGUCAUUCCACACAGCCUUCUAUUGCCUCCUGUCCCCCACCCCCGCUCUGCUCCCAACCCAAAGCCAUUAGCAAGUGCCAGAGAGCCAGAAACCAAAGAGGAGCCCGGCACUGUUCACAGUGCACGGCUGACUGAGCCGUGGGAGCCGGCUCGCUCCCCCUCACCCAUCCACCCCGGUCACUCCCUGGAGCCGCCGCACUUCCACAGCCCCUCACAGGGCCGCAGGUCCCCCUCUCCCCAGAGAAUCCUCCCGCAGCCUCAGGGAGCCCCCAUCCCCAACACUGUGGCCAAGGCCAUUGCCAGAGAGGCAGCACAGAGGGUCGCCGAGAGCAACAGGAUGGAGAAGAGGAAUAUCUUCAGUGAAAGAAGUACUGCUAUUCACCCGCUGAACUCCGACGAGGAGGAAGAUGGGUAUGAGUCUCCACACAGGAAGAGGCAGGGGGCUUCCGUGGACGAGUUUCUGAGAGGCUCGGAACUGGGGAGACAGCCUCUCCAGUACAGCCACAGCGAGGAUUACCAGACUGAGAGCAGCCGCGGCUCUGACCUGUCUGACAUCAUGGAGGAGGAUGAGGAGGAGCUGUACUCGGAGAUGCAGCUGGAGGAAGGCGGGCGGAGGCGCAGCAUCACCUCUCACAGCGCUCUCAAGAUUUUAGGUGACCCUUCCUCCACAGGACGAGCAGACCGGAUGGAUCACUCAGGUCGACGGCUGUCUCACGGCAGUGCAGUCCAGCAGCGGCCCCGGCCCAUGAUGGUCCCUUCCAUUGAAAUCACCAUGGACAGUAACAGUGAAGCGGGACGGUCCCGGCCAGGGGGUCAGAGGAAUGUGUCGCCUGUCAAGGAGGAUGUUUACUAUCGCACUGUACCUGGACACAGGAAAUGGCCAUUACAACGCGGUAUGGCCUCUGAGCAUCGAUAUGACGGUUAUGGCGGCCGAGAACAGCACUCUCCAGAGUUCUAUGAAGAAUCCGAGCCAGAGGACAUGUCACGAAUAUUCGUCGCCCUGUUUGACUACGACCCCCUCUCGAUGUCCCCCAAUCCCGAUGCUGCGGACGAAGAGCUGGCCUUCAAGGAAGGACAGAUCAUGAAGGUGUAUGGAGAUAAGGACACCGACGGAUUUUAUAGAGGGGAGAUCUGUGGGAGAGACGGCCUUAUCCCUUGCAACAUGGUCUCUGAAAUCCAAACAGAUGACGAUGAAAUGAUGGAGAAACUCAUCAAACAAGGAUUCCUCCCCCUCAACACCCCCGUAGAAAAAAUAGUGAACUGUGAUCGUUUCAAAGACAGUGCGCGUUCAGUUAACCGCAGGUCCCGAAAGUCUAAACGAGAACGGAACAGACGGAGUGGCAGACAGCACUCCGUAUCCACCACGAGGAUGGUCGCUCUCUACGACUACGACCCGAGAGAGAGCUCCCCAAAUGUUGAUGUUGAGAGAGAAAGGGAGAGAGAAUUUGGCAGAGAGAGGCUGAAACUUGAGGCUGAACUAACAUUCUGUGCAGGCGACAUCAUUACUGUGUUUGGAGAAAUCGAUGAAGAUGGAUUUUAUUACGGAGAAAUUAAUGGACAGAAAGGUCUUGUUCCUUCAAACUUUCUUGAAGAAGUGCCUGAUGAUGUGGAAGUCUAUCUCUCUGAAACUCCCUCUCGACAUGCCCAUGACACCCCAGUGCGGACAAAGACCAAAAGGGUGCCCUCAGAAAACGCUGGACCCUCCAGGAGAGCCCCCUCUCCUACUGUACACCCCGGAUCUGGACCAGGAACAAUGGGGAUGGGAAGUCCUAUUAGGGGUAGAGAAUUCUCCUCCAAAAAGAAAAAGGGGCUGCUCUCAAAAGGGAAGAAACUAUUGAAAAAACUUGGAGCAGUAAAAUAAGUUUUUAUUUAUAAAUAUAUUUAAGUAUUAUGGAAUAAGAGUAAAAUCUCCCAGUCUUGUAAUUUUAAAAUUAAUGAAUAGGUGUCAAAACUAGUUUUUUCAUGACUGCUGUCAACUAGUCAGUUGAUGGUACAAGGACCAGAUGUCACAAAUGUUAUGCAAUUUCUACAGGUGUUUCAAAGCUGCUGAAUUAGCAGCAAAACUAGAAGGGCAUUUUAAAACUUGGUUUUCCCACGUUUUAAACGCAAUUUAGAAUGGUCAAGUAAUACACAAAACCCUUUUUGUUACCACUUCAAAAGCCAUCACAUGCUGCCCUUGUCCUGUUUACAGAACCAUUUUGUUGCAUUCACGACCUUGUGUUCUAGUGUUCCUGUACUGAUUUAAAGCAAACACCAAUUACAGCGCUCCGUGAAACAAUGGUACAAACCAUACUUCCCUGUAAUUACAAUGGUUUGAUAAAUGUUGCAUGUAGAGAAGGCAGCUUUCUGCACCUUAAAUUUGGGUGCUUGAAUAUCAGAAAUGUGUCAUGACUAAUUUACAAUAAUGUGGUUAAUAUGUAAUGGUUGCAAAUCUAAUUAUGCCUUGAAAUGCAAUGUAUUGAAUUUUUCUAGAGCUCAAAUUCAUUGUUGGACUUUUCCCUGCAUCUUUGCAACAGGACCACCCUUCUCUAGAUUCUCCGCAAUUAAGCCCACAUUGCCUACAUAUUGUCUAGGUCCACAGAAAUGCAGCAUGGGUUUUUAGGUACCUGAACUUAGAAGAAAAACAUAAUUCCCUUUGAAUUAGCAUGUCCUUACCAGUAAAUAAAACCAAUUAAAUUCAGUCAUGACUAGUUUACCAGUAUUAAACAGGUCAUGAAAUCUCUAGUUGAAACCAGCCUUGAUGUCUGCCUUAUAAAUGCACAACAAUGGUUUGUACUGUGUCCAGUGAAUGGAGCAAGUAUAAUGUGUAUGUACUGUGUGCAUUCUGUUCUUUCAUUCCAUCACUAGAAAAAAAAUGUAGUUAAGGUGAUGUGAUCAAGUGAUGUGCUGCUGAUUACAUUUCAAUGUAUAACCUCUUGGGGGUGGUAUAAAAUAAUUAUCCACAAUAUUCUGUCAAAGACUAAAUUCCCACUGCAGACCUACACUUCGUUCUAAGGAUCUCAAGCUUUAGGCACAAUAAUUGCAGUUGAAAUAUUAAACAAACCUAAGAAAUGUUUUCAACUUAAAAUGAUCUAGCCAAUUUGUUGCAAGGAAACAAAAGCACUGUAACCUGGCUUUCAUAUAAGGUUUACAAUAUUCACUCUAUGUUUUUAUUCCUGUCACUUGAUCAGUCAGGAUUGAAAUUGUUAGCAGUAUUAAACAUUUGUUAUGCAUUUUCUGCCUAAUGGCUCCUACAUUCUAACAAAAUGUAGAAACUUGGCAGUUUUGGUCCAAUACAGAAAGCCACAAAAUAUUUGGGUGGGGAAACAUUUACUUUUAGAUUAGGUGUUCUUAAUAACAUUACUUGCAGUAGUUAUUUAUCGAAAGCCUUGGCCAACACAUUCUCCCGUUUAGCUGCUUAAGUUUGUUUUAACACCCGUAUCAAUUUGCUUAAAAAGACAAGCACAUAUUCCCCCCCCCCCCCCCCCCAUUUUCCUCAAACUUACAAGAUGUUGAACUUUAAAAGACACAUUAGUGUUAAAUAGUCAAAUGUUUAAAAACACACAUCUAAAAAUAAGAUCAGACCGCAAAAAAAGAAAGAACUUACUGUAAUACUUAACAGACACACAUUUAGCCAAAACAAAACAGCCAUUUUAUCCAUACUCCCUUAGAUGUAUGUUUUUGUAAUCCAUAAUUCACAGUACUCUAGCAUUGCUUGAAUACAUAUUGCGUAACCGUUGCUCUUUUGUACUUUGUCCACUUGUAAAUUGUUUUUAAAUGUUUAUACUUGAUUUUCAGACUGCCUUUUUUGUAAAUUCAAAUUUAUAAUCAGUGCAAGCUUUCCCCAUGGUGUCUUCAAGAAACAUGUAACUUGUAUAAAGUCUGCAGUUGUGUGCUAGCUUUAUGAAUUUACAAAACUCAUUGGCCGAUGUUUGUGGUAAUCAACUAUUGUGAGUGUGUGCAUGUGUAAAUGUGUAAUAUACAUUUUUAUAUAAAUAAAUUUAAUAUUUUUUAGAACAGAAUUUUAUAGGAUUUUCUUUUAAAGUUCCACAAAUACACUGGGUAUUUUAAAUGCAAAUGAAUAUCAGAUACAAGGAGAAAGUCUAUGGUACAAACUUAGUACCAUAAACUUAAUAAAAGUUGGUUUCACCCCUAUACAAUUUUGACCAGUUUGAUGAUGUAAAUAAAAUUAGA